CACCCGCGCUCUUCAUCGGACCUAGAGUUGCGGAAAGUGAUAACGAACGAAUGGGUGCAUUGUGGUGGUAUAAUAUGCUGGUAAGACAGAUGGAAACUUCUGGACCUACCUUUAUCAAGCUUGCACAAUGGGCGGCUUCUAGAACUGACAUAUUUCCUCAUGAGAUGUGCAAUCGCUUGUCGAAACUUCAUUCGCAAGUGAAUCCACAUUCGUUCGAGGAUACAAAGAGGAUCAUAGAGGAGGAGUUUGGAAAACCAUUCCAUGAAAUAUUUUCUGAAAUAGAUAAAAAGCCGAUUGGGAUCGGGGCGAUCGCACAGGUGUACAAGGCAACGAUGCGACCCGAGAUACUUUCAGCAACACCUCAUCAAGAUUCCGUUUCCAAGGACAUGCCGGUGGUAGCGGUCAAGGUACUGCAUCCGACGGCGGAAAAGAUUAUUCAAAGAGAUCUCAAAAUAUUGAUGAUGUUUUCCAAAAUACUGAAUGCUGUGCCGACAAUGCAAUGGUUGUCCUUGCCCGAGGAAGUUUCAAAAUUUUCGGAAAUGAUGCAAGAACAGUUGGACCUUCGCAAGGAGGCCUGUAAUUUAUUGGUGUUUCGGAAGAACUUUAAAAAUCGCAGGGCAGUGGAAUUUCCGAUACCAGUUACGGAGUAUACAACAAAGAAUGUACUGAUCGAGGAAUUCGUGGAAGGAUUGCCGCUCAAAUUAUUUCUUGCGAAAGAAAGAGGGAUUUACGACCAUGCGAUCGCAGAAAUGGGACUUGACUCGUUCCUUCAUAUGGUGAUAUUUGAUAAUUUUGUUCACGCUGACUUGCACCCCGGGAACAUCCUGGUCAAAUUUAGAAGACCCACGUUGUUAUCGUAUGUACAACGAUUCCUGAAUGAUUUCACCAAAACGGAGUCACAGGUUUUGGACGAAAAGGAUGGGGCAGGAAGUGAUGACUCGAGGAUAGCCCACUCUCGCCUAAUAAGGCAUAGUCGUGAUAAAAAGUUGUGGAACGAAGAGUUGGUGAAAUUGUGUAAUGAAGGGUAUCAACCGCAGUUGAUAUUCAUCGAUACGGGGUUGGUGACAAGUUUAAAUAUUGAGAAUCGAAAAAAUUUUCUAGACCUAUUUAGAGCGAUCACGCGAUUUGAUGGAUACAAGGCGGGAAGAUUGAUGAUCGACAGGUGUAAAACGCCGCACCUGGUGAUCGACGGAGAACUGUUUGCGCUGAAAAUGCAACAUUUGGUGUUGAACGUGAAAGCACUGACGUUGCAGCUUGGAAAAAUUCAAAUAUCCGACAUAUUGGCCAAUGUGUUGAAAAUGGUUAGAACUCAUCAUGUGAAAUUAGAAGGUGACUUCAUCAAUGUGAUAAUAUCAAUUCUAUUAUUGGAGGGUAUCGGUAGACAAUUAGAUCCGCAAAUGGAUUUGUUGAGAAGCGCGCUACCAAUACUGAGAAAGUUGGGGGCACAAGAAGGGGGAAAGGGAUUUCGAGAGGGAAUCAAGGAUAUCGAAAGCGGUGGAAUGUGGUGGAUGAAAGUUUGGAUUUGGUUGGAGGCCAGAGAGUGGGUCGGCGAUUCGUCAUGGGAGGAGUAUGAGAUAUUAUCUCUGAAGCAUCUGUGGUGGCCAGAUUUCUAA